AUGGCCUCGCUCAUACCGCCCAAGAAGCCAAAGAAGCCGGGGAUGCCCAAGCUCUCGAUCCCCGCGCGGCCCAGCUCGUCCCACAACCCCUCGACCCAGCAGGCCUUCGGAGGUGGGGCGGGGGCGGCCACGGGCGCGGGCACGGGCACGGGCGGCGACGGCUUCGGCGAGCCGUCCUUCAACGGCGCGACCGCCGGGUCCCAGCGGCCGCAGCCCUCGCUCGUCAUUCCCUCGGCAGCGGCGUCGUCGUCGUCGCUCUCGCUCAACAUCCCGUACGCCCACGACGACGGCUACGACGACGGCAACGUCGGCGGCUUCACCUCGACCGCCUCGAGCAUCUACCCGGACACUGUCCCGCACCUCACCAAUGCGCACACCCAAAACGCCCUGACCGACGACCUGCGCCGCGCCAUCGGCGGCAUCAGCCUCAACGAAGACGACCGCACCGACGCCAACGGGCUCAGAAUACCCGCCACCAGCAGCAGGAACCCCAACGCCGGCUACUGGCAGUCGUCGGGCGAUGCGGCGGCGGCGGCCGAUGACCACCGCCACGACGGCCCGACAGGAGGGGCGUCCGGGUCGGGCACCGCUAGCGUCCGGUCGCGCGCGGGCUCGACGGCGUCGGUGGCGUCCGGUAGGGUGUCGGUCGACGGAGCGCAGAGGGUCGGCAACGGCGGCGGCGGCAGUGGCGGCGAUGAGGACCUCGUCCUUCCGGGCAACCUCGAGAUCCUCAGCCGGCUGGGCGAGGGAGCCAGCGGAGAGGUGAAAAAGGCGAGGCACCGCCCGACGGGCCUGCUGAUGGCCAAGAAGACGAUGUCGACGUCGCCGAACCCGGCCAUCCACCGCCAGAUCCUGCGCGAGCUGUCGUUCAACCGCACCUGCCACAGCGACUACAUAGUGCGAUACUAUGGCGCCUUUCUCGAGGAGCAGGACACGACCAUCUCGAUCUGCAUGGAGUUUUGCGAGGCGGGCUCGCUCGACGCAAUCUACAAGAAGGUCAAGAGCCGCAACGGUCGGACGGGCGAAAAGGUGCUGGGCAAGGUGGCCGAGUGCGUGCUCAAGGGGUUGAGCUACCUGCACGAGCGCAAGAUUAUCCAUCGAGACAUCAAGCCGUCCAACAUCCUGGUGACGCGGCAGGGCCAGAUCAAGCUGUGCGACUUUGGCGUCUCGGGCGAGCUCAUCAACAGCGUGGCGGGCACGUUUACGGGCACCAGCUACUACAUGGCGCCCGAGCGGAUCCGCGGGCUGCCCUACUCGAUCACGUCGGACGUGUGGUCGCUCGGGCUGACGAUCCUCGAGGUGGCGUCGAACCGGUUCCCCUUUCCGCCCGAGGGCGACCCGCCGCUGGGCCCCAUCGACCUGCUGUCGUACGUCGUCAACAUGAAGGUGCCCGAGCUGCAGGACGACGAGCGGGCGGGCAUCAAGUGGGGCAAGGCGCUGCGCGACUUUAUCGAGCGGUGCCUCGAAAAGGAGCCCACCAAGCGGCCCGGCCCCAACAAGAUGAUCAGCCACCCCUUCAUCCGCAAGAGCGAGACGCGCCAGCCGCAGCCCGACAUUGCCAAAUUUGUCGCCGACGUGUGGGGCUGGCCCUACCUGGCGAGCACCGUGGCCGCCCAGCAGCAGCAGCAGCAGCAGUCGUCGGUCGAGGGGCAGACGCCGACGCAGGCGACGGCACCGAGGGGCCUCGAGAGGAUCCCGAGCUAG